UUUCCUCCUCUUCCCGUCCACUAAUCGUGGUCUUCGCAUGAAAAGUCCAGCGGAAAGUCCUGCAGCAGCAUGCCGAGGAGAAAGCAGCAAGCGCCGCGGCGGUCAUCAGCAUAUGGAUCCGAAGAUGAGUUCAACAAAGCAGACGAAGAGGAGCACAUGCAAGACGACGGGCUGUCUCUGGACGGCCAAGACACCGAGUACUUGUUCAAUGAUGAAGAAGACCGCGAUCAUUUCAGCUGUCAGAACUCUCCGCUCAGCAAUGGCACCAACCCCGACGCUGGGUACGCUUCCCCGCUCAGCAGCACCAGCGAUCAUUUGGGAGACCUCAAAUCUACGCCCUCCUUUACUGACCAAGAAAAGGCCGAGGAGCAGCAUGGUGAAAAGACUGAGCUUGUCAAUGGCAUGUCAAUACAAGAUAGUCUGGAAAAAAUGAAGGCAGUCUAUGCAAAUCUUAUUUCCGAUGCCUCCUGGUCUAGCAUCGCGAUGGACAUGCUCAAAAGUAAACAAGGGAACAAUUUCGUGGCAAACAGCAGCAGCAAUGGAGGGAAUCACAAAGGAAGCAAUGGGUUCCUGAAUAGUCACAGCCAGAGCAGUGUAAACGUGAAGAACAAAUGUAGCCCCAGUAACGAAUCAACCACGUCAAAUGUCACCAGCAGCAGCACCCCCACCAGGACCAUGACAAACAACAGCAACAGCGCCACCUCUGCCAGCUCUGGGAACUCCGGUGGCCUGGCUUACGAUUGGCACCAGGCAGCAUUAGCCAAAACCUUACAGCACACUCCAUACCAGCUCCUCCCUGAGCCUAGCCUCUUCAGCACCGUGCAGCUUUAUCGGCAAAACAAUAAACUCUACGGGCCGGUGUUUACUGGGGCCAGCAAGUUCAGGUGUAAGGAUUGCAGUGCAGCCUAUGACACCUUGGUUGGUCUGACAGUGCAUAUGAAUGAAACGGGACACUACAGAGAUGACAAUAAAGAUAAAGAGGACGACAGAAGCAAGAAGUGGUCCAAGCCCCGCAAGCGUUCUUUGUUAGAAAUGGAGGGCAAAGAAGACGCCCAAAAAGUACUGAAAUGUAUGUACUGUGGCCAUUCGUUUGAGUCAUUGCAAGAUCUCAGUGUUCACAUGAUCAAAACUAAACACUAUCAGAAAGUGCCUCUAAAAGAACCGAUGCCAGCGCUCACAUCAAAGCUGGUACCUCCAACCAAAAAAAGGGCAUUUCAAGAUCUGAUGUCCCCAAGCUCUCCAGAGUCAGUCUCGUCCAGCAUUCCCAUGGGGGAGUCUCCCAAAGACCAAAAAGUGUCCAACCCCUAUGUCACGCCCAACAAUCGCUACGGUUACCAAAAUGGUGCCAGUUACACAUGGCAGUUUGAGGCCCGUAAAGCUCAGAUUCUGAAAUGCAUGGAGUGUGGCAGUUCACAUGACACCUUACAACAGCUGACAGCCCAUAUGAUGGUCACUGGGCACUUUCUGAAAGUCACUAAUACAGCAUCUAAGAAGGGAAAGCAGCUGGUCUUUGAUCCAGUGGUUGAAGAAAAAAUCCAGUCAAUCCCCCUUCCACCGACAACAACAAGGCUACCAACUCCUAAUGAGAAGUCACCACUUGGCUCUCCUGUGCCGCCUGAUAGUCCUGAAAAUAAAAUGGAAGAUGAUAAAGAGGAAGAGGAAAAGAUGGAAAUCAAAGAACCUGAGAAAAAAAUUAAAGAGGAGAAAGAAGAUGUGACAGAAAAAGAGGAUAAACCUGAAAAGGCAAAACCUUAUGAGUAUUUGACUGAAGAGGACCUGGAGGAAGCACCAAAAGGAGGCUUGGACAUCCUCAAGUCAUUGGAGAACACAGUGUCAAGUGCAAUCAGCAAGGCCCAGACAGGCACUCCAACCUGGGGAGGCUAUCCGAGCAUUCAUGCAGCCUACCAACUGCAUGGAUCCAUAAAGUCUACCAUGCCAUCAUCGACACAGGUUCAGCCUCUGUUCAGCAACAAUAGUUUGAAAGUGUUACCUUCUGAUUUGGGGAAACUUAUUCAGACAUCAAACAGCCCUUCACCGCCUCUGAGUCACAAGAGCAAUGUGUUAGCCAUGGAGGAGCUUGUGGAAAAGGUGACAGGAAAAAACUCUGUGAAGAAUGAAAAAGAGGAAAAGGUUUUAGACAGGCAUAACAGAUUCACAAAGUCACCUAUGACCUCCCCAAAAGACAAACGGAGCACUCCCAGUCCUGAAAAUCUGUCCAAACCAGCACCAAAGAUGGUACCUGAUGACAAACCUCAGAUAAAAUGCAAAGAGGAAGAGCAGAUUGAUUCAAAGCCCGAAAAACAAGUUAAAACUGACGUCGCUUCACCCAAAAAUUCUCUGACCAAUGGCUGUAGCAACCUGAGCAUCAUCACAGACCACUCUCCUGAACCUCCAGCCGUGAACCCUCUCAGUGCUCUGCAGUCUGUCAUGAACAACCACCUGGGAAAAGCCUCCAAAGUCAACAAGCCUUUUGUGGACCCCUUUGCAACAUUAUAUAAACUCAAUAACAAUGCAACUCAAAUUAAACAAGUGGAGCCUGUUGGUCUGUAUCCAGAAGAUGAUGAUCAGCCUAUAGACUUAACUAAAUCCAAGAACACCAAUGGCUGUUCAACAAAGAGCUCUUCUAUCGCACCAAACAACAGCAAGCCCAUUUUCAAAUCUUUCUCUAAGUCGCCAUCACCUCUUCGGGAAAAUGCUCUCAUGGAUAUCUCCGACAUGGUGAAAAAUCUGACAGGCCGUUUGACACCAAAGUCCACCACCCCCUCCUCCAUUUCUGAAAAGUCAGACAAUGAUGGGUGUGAGGAGAGUCUAGAAGAACUGUCCACAAUCCAACGACGCAAAGGUCGACAGUCAAACUGGAACCCCCAGCACCUCCUCAUACUUCAGGCAGAAUUUGCCUCAAGUCUCAAGGAGACUCCUGAAGGAAAAUUUGUAAUUAAUGACUUGGGACCCCAGGAAAGGGUCCAUAUUUGUAAAUUCACUGGUCUCUCAAUGACUACUAUCUCACAUUGGCUGGCCAAUGUAAAAUACCAGUUAAAACGGACAGGAGGAACAAAGUUCCUCAAGAAUAUUGACUCUGGCCAGCCCCUGUUCCUGUGUAGUGACUGUGCUUCCCAGUUCAGGACUCCAUCAUCUUACAUACAUCAUCUGGAGUCCCAUCUUGGUUUUACUUUGAAGGACCUUUCUAAACUGUCCAUUGAUUUAAUCGAGCAGCAGGUAAACAGGUUUGAGGACAAGUCGUCUGGAGUCACAGAAGACGAGGCCGGCUCAGUGCAUCAGUGCAAACUGUGCAAUCGGACUUUUGUCAGCAAACAUGCAAUCAAGCUGCACCUUUGUAAAACUCAUGCAAAGUCUCCGGAGGACCACCUGGUCUUUGUGAAAGAGAUGGAAAAAUUAAGUUAA